CCGUCUGUGGUGACGGAGCGGCGGCCGCCAGAGCCUGGGCCCCUGGCCGCGCCGCCCCGAGAGGCACUUCCGGCGGCGGUUCACUUCCUGGUUGGGUGGAUGGAGCCGGGCGGGAGCGCGCGCGGGGGAGGGGCGGCGGGUCAGUCUCCGCCGGGCGCUCCGGGGAUCAGCUGGCUGGCGGGCGGGCGGGCGCGGAACGCGGCCCCGGCUCUGGCUGCAGCGCCGCCUCUUCUCCGCGUCGCACGCCGGCCCGGCGGCUGUGACUAUGUUGCGGGGCUGGUAGCUGGGCGCCGGCCGCCGAGCCAUCUCAAGUUUAAACUUACACGAAUCGCUCUCUUGAGGAGGAGGGGACCGCCGCGCGAUUGACACGCAUAUUCCUAUAGGCAUCCUCCCUCAGCCCCCACCCCCACGGCCGGAUUCGGGUGGCUCCUCUCCUAGCUGAAAUCCGAGAAGAAAUCCUUGGAUCUCUUGUUUCAAAAAGAAAAAAAAAAAAAAAUCUAGAAACCGUCGGUAUUUUGCUUUACUGCUUCCUUUUCGCAAGAUGAAGAAGUUUUUCGACUCCAGGCGAGAGCAGGGCGGCUCUGGCCUGGGCUCCGGCUCCAGCGGAGGAGGGGGCAGCACCUCGGGCCUGGGCAGUGGCUACAUUGGAAGGGUCUUUGGCAUUGGGCGACAGCAGGUCACUGUGGACGAGGUGUUGGCGGAAGGUGGAUUUGCUAUCGUGUUUCUGGUGAGGACAAGCAAUGGGAUGAAAUGUGCCUUGAAACGCAUGUUUGUCAACAAUGAGUAUGAUCUCCAGGUGUGCAAGAGAGAAAUCCAGAUAAUGAGGGACCUGUCGGGGCACAAGAACAUCGUAGGUUACAUUGACUCCAGUAUCAACAAUGUGAGUAGCGGUGACGUGUGGGAAGUGCUCAUUCUGAUGGACUUCUGCAGGGGAGGCCAGGUGGUCAACCUGAUGAACCAGCGCCUGCAAACAGGUUUUACAGAGAAUGAAGUACUUCAGAUAUUUUGUGACACCUGUGAAGCUGUUGCCCGCCUGCAUCAGUGCAAAACUCCUAUUAUCCACCGUGACCUGAAGGUUGAAAAUAUUCUCUUGCAUGACCGAGGCCACUACGUCCUAUGUGACUUUGGAAGUGCUACCAACAAAUUCCAGAAUCCACAAACUGAAGGAGUCAAUGCAGUAGAAGAUGAGAUUAAGAAAUACACAACGCUGUCCUAUCGAGCACCAGAAAUGGUCAACCUGUACAGUGGCAAAAUCAUCACUACGAAGGCAGACAUUUGGGCUCUUGGAUGUUUAUUGUAUAAAUUAUGCUACUUCACUUUGCCAUUUGGAGAGAGUCAAGUGGCAAUUUGUGAUGGAAACUUCACAAUUCCUGAUAAUUCCCGAUAUUCCCAAGACAUGCAUUGCCUAAUUAGGUAUAUGUUGGAACCAGACCCUGACAAAAGGCCGGAUAUUUACCAGGUCUCCUACUUCUCAUUUAAACUGCUCAAGAAAGAAUGUCCAAUUCCAAAUGUACAGAACUCUCCCAUUCCUGCAAAGCUCCCUGAACCCGUGAAAGCCAGUGAGGCAGCUGCAAAAAAGACCCAACCAAAGGCCAGACUGACAGAUCCCAUUCCCACCACAGAGACUUCAAUUGCUCCCCGCCAGAGGCCUAAAGCUGGGCAGACUCAGCCCAACCCAGGAAUCCUUCCCAUCCAGCCAGCCCUGACACCGCGAAAGAGGGCCACUGUUCAGCCCCCGCCUCAGGCUGCAGGAUCCAGCAAUCAGCCUGGCCUUUUAGCCAGUGUUCCUCAACCAAAAACUCAGCCCCCACCCAGCCAACCCCUACCGCAGUCUCAGCCCAAGCAGCCCCAGGCCCCGCCUACCCCACAGCAGCCACCUUCUACAGCGGCCCAGGCCCUGCCCGCCCAGGCCCAGGCCCAGGCCACGCCCCAGCACCAGCAGCAACUCUUCCUCAAGCAGCAGCAGCAGCAGCAGCAGGCACCACCUCCUGCACAGCAGCCGGCGAGCACCUUCUACCAGCAGCAGCAGCAGGCCCAGGCUCAGCAGUUUCAAGCAGUACACCCAGCAACCCAACAACCAGCAAUUGCUCAGUUCCCCGUGGUAUCCCAAGGAAGCUCUCAACAGCAGCUGAUACAGAACUUCUACCAGCAGCAGCAGCAGCAGCAGCAGCUGGCCACAACCCUGCAUCCACCACAGCUGCUGACUCAGCAGGCUGCCUUGCAGCAGAAGACCGCAGUGGCAGCCGUACAGCAGCCCCAGGCACAGCCGGCCGCAGCCUCCCAGCCAGCCCCUGCCCAGGAGCCAGUGCAGAUUCAAGCCCCAGUAAGACAACAGCCUAAGGUUCAAACAACCCCACCUCCUACCAUCCAGGGGCAGAAACUCGGAUCUCUCACUCCUCCAUCAUCCCCCAAGGCCCAGCGUGCUGGGCACAGGCGCAUUCUCAGCGACGUGACCCACAGCGCAGUCUUUGGGGUCCCUGCCAGCAAAUCAACCCAGCUGCUCCAGGCAGCUGCAGCUGAGGCCAGUCUCAAUAAGUCCAAGUCUGCAACCACCACUCCUUCAGGCUCCCCUCGGGCCUCCCAGCAAAACGUCUAUAAUCCUUCAGAAGGUUCUACAUGGAAUCCCUUUGAUGAUGACAAUUUCUCCAAACUCACAGCUGAAGAGCUGCUAAACAAGGACUUUGCCAAGCUGGGGGAAGGCAAACAUCCUGAGAAGCUUGGAGGCUCAGCUGAGAGUUUGAUCCCAGGCUUUCAACCAACCCAAGGUGACGCUUUUGCUGCUUCCUCAUUUUCUGCUGGAACUGCUGAAAAAAGGAAGGGUGGGCAGACUGUGGAUUCUAGCCUUCCUCUUCUAAGCGUAUCUGAUCCUUUCAUUCCUCUUCAAGUACCUGAUGCACCAGAAAAACUAAUUGAGGGACUCAAAUCUCCUGACACUUCUCUUCUGCUCCCUGACCUCUUGCCUAUGACAGAUCCUUUUGGUAGCACUUCUGAUGCUGUAAUUGAAAAAGCUGAUAUUGCUGUUGAGAGUCUGAUACCAGGACUGGAGCCCCCAGUGCCCCAGCGCCUCCCAUCUCAGACGGAGUCUGUGACCUCAAACCGCACAGAUUCUCUCACCGGGGAGGAUUCCCUGAUUGAUUGCUCUCUGCUUUCUAACCCUACUGCUGGCCUCCUGGAAGAGUUUGCCCCCAUAGCGAUCUCUGCUCCAGCCCAUAAAGCUGCAGAAGAUAGUAAUCUCAUCUCAGGUUUUGAUGUCCCUGAGGGCUCGGACAAGGUGGCAGAAGAUGAGUUUGACCCUAUUCCUGUAUUGAUAACCAAAAACCCACAAGGUCUCCAGAGAGAGCCCAAUCCCUAUUCUGUAAUAACUGUAGAGCACUUUAAAGAAUCAACGGGUGUUAAAGGCCUUCCCCUGUAUCCAGACCCCUCCAGAGUGCCUGGCACGAAAACUCAGAACAGUUUAGAAUCUGACUACUUGGCCCGAGAUGGCCCUUCCAGCAACAGCUCAUUCCACAGCAGUGAAGAGGAAGGGACCGACCUCGAGGGGGACAUGCUGGACUGCAGUGGGUCUCGACCUCUCCUCUUGGAGUCAGAAGAAGAGGAUGAGAGCUGCAGGCCUCCACAGGGGAGGCUGGGAGGAGCUACUCCCUUCUCUCAGCCAGAAGUCUCUCCCGAGCAAGCCAAGGCAGCGCAAAGUGGAACCAAGAACCAGUUCCGAGCCCUCACGCAGCCAACUGCUGAUGGACUCGGUGAGCCAGAUGUUUUCGCCACCGCCCCCUUCAGGAGCUCAAGGGUUCCUGCUGAUGACAUGGACAUUUUCGCCAAAGCUCCAUUUGUCUCCAAGGGCAGCAUGGCUCCUUCCCAGCCAGAGGAGGCGGACGUGUUCUUGAGAGCUCCUUUUACCAAGAAGAAAAGCAUGGAGGAGUUAACAGUUGCCCAGAGUGCCUCCCAGGAGUCUCCUGCGCAGCUCGGUGUCCUCAGUCAGACCGAUGACAUCCCUCUGCUCCCGGGCCUUGAUCGAGCCGUGUAUCCCUCUGUCCGAGCUCAGUAUCCCAUGGCUGGUUUUGCCCAAGCGUCUAACCUCCCCUCCCAUUCUGUACAAGCAGCAGACCAUCUUGACAGCAUCUCUUCCAGAGGCUCCUCCCUGGAAUCUGGGGCCCAUCCGAAUGACAGAAACAAAGGACCUCAACCCCAGAAAGAAGCUGUCUCAGGCCCCGUGGCUGGCAAACCAUUCCGCGCCCAGUCUUUAUCCAAAUAUUCCCGUCACUAUAGCCCAGAAGAUGAGCCCAGUCUAGAAGCCCAGCCCAUCGCUGCCUACAAAAUUGUUUCGCAAACCAAUAAGCAGUCGAUAGCUGGCUCUGUUUCCAUCACAUCCCUUUCCUCCAGGACUACAGAGCUGCCAGCUGCUGAUCCUUUUGCCUUAGCACCCUUUCCUUCGAAAUCAGGCAAGCAGAAACCUUAGGAGCCAUACCUGAGCCUUGGGCCUCCGUCUCCACGCCACCCUUGAUACCCACCACAUCACUCCCAGCUGAGCCUUCCUAAGAAGAAAUAGUGAUAUAUCAAUUACUAUCUUUCAGUUCCAUGAGUCAGCAGAACUUCUUCAGUCAACAAACUCAGUCUAGGCGAUGCUUAGUUGAAACUCCGUUAAGUUAUGCUCAUUGCUUUUGUUUAUAUUGAUUUCUGGACUUUAAGGCGUUUCCAUCUCCACCUCUACCCAGAACUCUGCUUCUUGUUGUUUGCUCAAAAACUGUUUAAAACUAGAACACUUCCCAGUAAAUCCAGAAAUAACUUCCCAAAGGGCCAUGUUAUUGCUAGUUCGAUUCCUAAAGUUGCUGUUCUCAGUCAUGUCUGUUGAUGAAUCAAGAUGAGUUCCUCCCGGACUUCGUUUCAUACUCUUGAAAAGGGUAUAUUUCAGGAAAGAAAUGCAAGAUAAAAAUUCUGCACAUCAAAAGGAAGUGUAAUCCCGCAGAUACUAAGCAUUCCUGUAAAACCAGCAGCUCUAGAAGGAUUCUCUGGAUCUGAGUCUGUGCAGGCCACACUGGUCCUCGUGCUUGAGUGCGGGUGUGUAACGUGUGUCAGAUCCUUUCCUUUGUAGAAACUCAAACAGAUGAGAUAUCUGUGCUCGUGUCUAAAAGUGUUGAGCCUUCCCCACGUGCACACACUGUAAAAAAUGCGUGAGUGCACGCCUAUGUGUGUACAUGUCUGUGUGCACAGGAAACAUUCUUUUUUUUAGCUAAAUCCUGUCCCACCUUGCGUACCUCCACAAUCACUCAUUUGCUGGCAUUCAUCUCCUGACCUAACUGACUUGAACCCUGUUUUUACUGAGUUCUUUUCUCAUGGCAAAAUUGAAUACAUUGGAAUGUACAGGAAAAUCCCGCUGGAACAGAAGUUUCUAAGAUUUUUUUUUUCUCUCUAGAAUUUGCUGUUAACAAAUUCCAUUUACACGGUCUUGAAAAAUUAACUAUCCUUAUUCAGUUCCCCCUCAGAACAGUAGAAAAGAGCACCUUGUUAAAGUUCCAACCACUGGGUUUGUGGUCUAAGUAAUUUUAAAAAGUACUUUAAAACCUGAGGUCUGAGCACUCCAUACUGUCAUUAUGAAAUUAAUCAUGAGACUAGGCUACAAACUAGAUUGCUUGUUUGUUUUUCCACAUCCUUGCCACCUUUGCCUACUGCCCCUUGAGAAAAUAGAAAUCUGAGACAUGAAAAUAAGUUUGUCUUGGAGAAUGGAUAACUACUGAACCAGCCAGCCAUGAAAACCUUUCAGAUAGGUGCCUGACUUGUAUUUUUGAAAUGUCUUCUAUUUCUAGAAAGGUCUGACUUAUUCUUGACUGUUUUCAUACCCUUUAUUAUUAGUGCCUUAAAAUGAAACUUACAUCUCAGUGGGAAGAUUUCUGCUGGAGAAGUCCAACUUCACCUUUCAACUUGAAAGCUUCCUGUGACUUGUAGUGAAUGUUAGUGAUUUCUGCAUUAGCUGGAGAAGUUGGGAGAGUUGCCUACCAACCGAGAUUAAUGAUUUAAGAAUUAUGGGAAAUUAUCAAGAAUCAAGCCUGAAUGCCAAACCCGAUUGCAGUUGAUUGUGUCAUACUUUUAAAUUUGAAGUCCAGGGAUCUUGGCAGUAAAAGAUGAACGGAUACUUUCCAAGACUUUCUAGUUUAGUCUCCACCUAUUUCAGCUGUCCAGUUUAAAAGAUAAAUAAUAAGCACUGGAUCAGGGCUCCUAACAAUGGUUUUCCACCUGAGGUUUCAGCGGUGCUGGUCCUUCACUUGCAGAUGCUAAAUGUUCAUUGGAUUUUUCUCCCAAUGAUCAUUUCUGAAUUUUCUUUGUAACAGUGGGUGUAGAAUCAUCUUUCCAGUUGAAUGGUUUUGGCUAACAGGUAUGAAACUUUGCGUCCUAAAUUCUUCCCUUGGCCAUUAAAGCCUUCAUGUGGAAGAGUGAAAAAAAAGAUAGGAAUAUUCAAGGAGAGUUCUCACCCCAGAAACUCUUUAAGUAGAAGGUCAUUCUAAUUCACCAGAGGUUUUCAGGAUUACUUCUGUAACAACCCUGCAAAAUGACUUUCCUUUGGUUAUUUGAUCAAUCCCUGCUGAUUAUUUUAGUUCUCAAGGUAAAAUCAAUAAAAUCAUGAUGAUUUUAUUACAUAAUUGAAUCAUUUGUCACGCUGGGCUUGUAAUCUUUUUUUAUUCUCACUGGAGACCUAUGGUCGGUGGAGACUCUAAAUACCUUUUUUGAACAAGAAAUGAGUAUAAAAACACACAAAUUACUUUUGUGUUGUUCUUAAUGAUGCAUGAAAAUUCUUGGACUAUUGGAUUACAUUAACUAUUAGUUAAUAACUAGUGAAUUCUGUGCUGAUCUUCUUUGGAUCAUGUAGGGUAAAUGCAUCAUUUAAAGAUAAAAUGUUCUCGGGAAUCCCCUGGCGGUCCAGUGGUUAAGACUCCACACUCCCAAUGCAGGGGGCAUGGAUUCAAUCCCUGGUCGGGGAACUAAAAUCCCGCAUGCUGCACAGCGCGGCCAAAAAAUUUUAAAAAUAGUAAAAUAAUAAAGAUAAAAUGUUCUUGCCAGAGGCCAUCCUGAAUCUGGAAAUCUGGAAAAUUUAGUUUUAAGGGAAUCAGGAGCGCUCAGGGUGCAUUGAAUUAGGAGCGAAUGCAUGUUUCCAAUACCUAUUGCAUCAGGUUAACAUUAAGGAGAAAAAGAAAACAUAUAGUCAACAAAAUACUGCACUACUUGUUUUAGCUUGUUUUAUGUGUUAUUUGCUUUCCACAUAUGAUAUGGAAUGCAGGAACCUGUGACCUUUCAUUUCAGUGGAAUGCAAUAAGCCAGAAAUAUAUUUAGACAUAAAUCAUUGACCCGCAACAUGCACUGAUGAACUCUCAAAGAGUCCACAGUAACCAACAGGCACUGUUGAAUUAAUGACAUUAUCUUAUGUGUGUUGAAAAAUAUUUAACAUAUCUGUUUCUUGGGUUCACAUACAGAUAGCUCUUUAGCUCCAAAGCCUUGUUAGAUUGGAAAAUGGAAUGAACAAAAUUUGACGCUUGAAGCAAAUGUAGAGCAGGACCCAAAGAAAUCUGGGUCACAAACUCCAUUUCGUUUUGGGCCCACUCAUUGUUGAGUUGAAAAUUUCAUAUGUGUGGACUGGUGUGGGUGUAUUCACAUGCCCAUGUUAGGUCUGAGUUUAACCUGGCAACCAAGAUUUCUUUCUGAACUGUCAAGAAAAAUACCAGUAUUUUAUUGACCCCUUGUUUAGUAAGUUUUAGGAUACGUGUACGUCAGUGUUUUCAACUAUUUGGUGGACAUUUCACUGACUCAUAAAGUAGCAGAUUUCAGUUUUCUUUAAAAUAGGUGUAAUCACCGGAGUGAUCUGACAGUAGACAUUCAAUCAUGCUAUAUUUGCUACCCUAACAAAGUCGUCAAAACAUAGAUUAUAUAUAUAUGUAUGCAUCCUAUCAAAUAGGAAAUUUUAUUAUAGGAAACUAGAGAAGGGUGAGAUCCAACUCACUUUCUAGCAGGAAGGAUACUACUUACAUUGGAAUCCCUUGGGCCCUUUUAAUAGAGAUGUUAUUCUCUGCUGUGUCUUUGAAGUUGAAAUUGGAGAACACAGGCCAGUCAAGUUUGGAAUGGCUGCUGGUCAGUUUUAUAUGAGAAAUUUGGAACCCAGAUUAUUCUGAUGAAAGGUACAUAGGAGAGCCACUGAAAAGACCACAGCUUCUAAGGAGCCAAGCGCUCCUUAUAAAUGCGCAUAGCUACUGCUGAGUUCUAAUCCUCCAAUCCUGCCUUCUGGAGUAAACGUGAAGAUUUUAAAUGUAAUCAUGUAAUAUAAAUUCUUAGUUUUUCUGAUGACUGUCAACUACUUGUUGGUUGGUUGGUUUUAGCCACCAGAACACUUGCAAAGUUGUGACGUUCACUUAAGGAAGGAUUUCAAAAUGCUUGAAAAUAAAAAGUAGUAUCUGGUUGGGAAUUGUAUUUGUGUUCUUUUGCUACAAUAUAAAUUUGCUAGGUUGCUGAAAACAACUCGCUGCUCAGCUUCGAUAUGGGAAUCCACACUGGCAGUGUCUUGAUUGCCCAGAUAUCACCUUGUUCUCUGAUUGCCUGGUCCUACCAGCCUCAUUUGCACCUUGACCUUUCUUAGAAAACAGGCCUCCCACAUGUGGUGCCCAAGAUCCCAUCUUUAAACUGCGAGACACAGGUCUUUCCUGCCUUUUCUCUGCCCCUGCAAGUCUUCCUGGCUCACCUUCCUUGUUCAUUUCCUCACUUGACAUUCCCCUAUUAUAACCAUACCAAUAAGUAGGGAAUGAGAAGUGACUGAAUGAUCAUGUUAGUUUUUAUUUGCCUCCCAUGUUACUGUAAACAGUUUCUUAAAUUUCAGCCUAGCCUGUGAUAAUCUCACCACACUGGGAUAAUUCCAAAUAAGAGUGAACUAGCUCGCCUUCCCCUUUUCUUAUGGACUAGAAGAAAGGAUAAAGAAAGGUUGGCAGAAGCCCAGCCUUACUCUGUUGGAGACACAACCCAAAACCCUCAUGCUCUCCACGUUGGUCUAACACAGGCCCGGAGUGCCCUAGAAUGCAGGGGCAAGUUUAUGUGUGAAGGGACACUAGAAUAGUUUGUAAAAAUGGCUAAAUGGGGAAUUCCCUAGCGGCCCAGUGGUGAAGACUUUGCGCUUUCACUGCUGUGGGCCCAGGUUCAAUCCCUGACCGGGGAACUGAGAUCCCACAAGCCAAAAAAAAAAAAAAAGGAUAAAAGGCUAAAGGUUAAGCAGCACACUGGUGGCUUAGUCCAGUAUUCCUAUAACUUGUAAUUCCAUAAGAAAUUUAGUCUGAGUUACUUCUCAGCAAUCUCAAUGUGACACAGUGUUUUGAGUUUAUAACAAUGUUUUAUUCCUGAAAUUAACUCAAUGUUAUCUACAUUGCAUUGAAAUAGAACCAUAUAUACAUGUUAGAGGGAUCUGUGUGAUUCCUUUUGGUAAGGAAUUGUGGAAGUGGUUUUUUACCAGGGUCAGCUAAAGUGAGACUUGGGGAGUGAGAGAAGACAAUAUCACCUUUCCACUCUGAAAUGGCAAGUUGGUUGUAUUGAGUCUACCAAAGACUCCUGUUUGAGGAGUGUGAUUGGGGAGAGAGAGAGAGAGUGUGUGUGUGUGUAUCCUUAUGCUUUCUGCCAUGGUGUUAAAGACCUCCAAAUGAAGGCAUCCAAAGAAUACUAAGAGGUGACCGUAGAUAUUUGAAAUAAGUAAAUUCAGUUCCGUUUGCCUACUGCUUUCUGAGUUAGAACUGCAGUUGUUCUAGAUGAAGGUGAGAAAAAGCAGCCAUUGCCUUAGGCUCAUUUCCACAGUAAGCAUGCUCUUCUUAUCCACAAAGAUGAAACUCAGUAGGGUUUAACCUAAAGUCUUGGCUCAAAUGGUAUUGGGAGGGCAGUAGUGACCAGAACACUACAAGGCCUGCAAUAUGUUACUUUGAAAGAGAGACUAUUUAACGUUGUUUAUUAGGGGAUAGAAACGGAAUAAAGGCCAAGGACCAUGCUCAUUCCAUGAAGAAGAGGUGAACUCCCUCUACCGACUGUAUUUUGAGUUGACUGAAUGAGGAGGUCGACCCAGCUGUAAGGAGUAUUGAGGUCCUCAGACCUCAAAAACAAUAUGUGCAUGCAUUCUGAAGGGCUGUGAACAUGAGAAAGGGAAAAAGACACUGAUGGCGUCAAUCUUAACAGUUUUUGCAAUACCUCUUUUUUGCAGACUCCUGGGUUUAUGUUACUGCACCCUGUGUGUGAUCUAUCUUAUGUAUCUGAUAGUUUUUAUGAUACUUGUUUGAGUUGUAAACUCCUGUACACUUUAUUAAAAUGGACCUAAUUAAAAUAAA